UCAUUCCUCUCAUUACAACGAAUCCAUAAACCUCUACUCCCUUCUUCCACUCUUUAAUCAUUAGCUUUUAAUCAGCCUGCAGCCAGCCAUGGCCUCUAAUGCUACAAUGUUAUUUCUGGCUCUUCCAAUCUUAUUGCUCUUACUAGCUUCCUCCGCUGAAGCCCAACUCUCUCCAAACUUCUACGCCAAAACAUGUCCAAACUUGCAAUCCAUUGUGCGCUCAUCCAUGGCUCAAGCCGUCGCCAAAGAGCCGCGCAUGGCUGCCUCCAUUCUCCGCCUCUUCUUUCACGACCGCCUCGUUACUGGUUGCGAUGGUUCUGUUCUUCUGGACGACACCCCAACACUGACAGGCGAAAAGAACGCAUUCCCCAACAAAAACUCCGCAAGAGGAUUUGAGGUCAUCGAUGCCAUUAAAUCCAGCGUCGAAGCCUCCUGCAAAUCAACUGUUUCCUGUGCCGACAUCCUCGCUCUCGCUACUCGCGAUGGCGUAGUUCAGCUGGGCGGGCCAACGUGGGCUGUAGCUCUGGGCCGUAGAGACGCCACCACGGCCAGCCAAAGCGCGGCGAACAGCGAUCUCCCAGGCCCAUCAUCAACCCUCUCCACACUCAUCUCCAAGUUCGCCGCAAAGGGUCUGAACGCACGUGACAUGACGGCGUUGUCUGGGGCCCACACCAUAGGCCAAACCCAAUGCCAAUUCUUCCGCUCUCGCAUCUACAAUGACAACAACAUCAACCCCAACUUCGCUGCCCUGCGACGGGGAAGCUGCCCACAGGCUUCGGGUGGAGAUACAAAUUUGGCGCCGCUGGACGUUCAGAGCCCCAAUAAGUUCGGGUCGGAAUACUAUCAGAACUUGAUGGGCUCUCGGGGGCUGUUGCAUUCGGAUCAGGAGCUCUUCAAUAAUGGAACGCAGGAUGCUUUGGUGAGGCAGUACAGAAACAAUAAAGCUCUCUUCUUCCGCGAUUUUGCAGCGGCUAUGGUGAAGAUGGGGGGCAUUACUCCGCUUACGGGAAGCAGCGGAGAGAUACGUUUGAACUGCAGAAAGGUUAACUCCUGAUUACUGAUGUCUUAAACUUGAUGUGCGGGAACGGAAUAUGUCGCUUUUAAGAUUUAUUUAUUUAUUACGAAAUUCUUUUAUUAAAGUUGUGUGGGACAAAAUGUCCGGAAAUGUAUU